UUUCAACCCUGAAAGGGUAAUAUCUAAGCUUGAUGUCCAAUUCAAAACGCCAACACCGUCGAAUUCGCGGCCGACUAGUUCCCAUAGCUGGGUUUCUAAAACACCAAAUAACCCAAUUGAGGCGUCAUCCCAGACAAACCUUAUCAAAAACCGAAUCUCUCGUCACCAAGAUAGCUCUCCAUCAUCAAUUCUGAAUGCUGUUGACAUCCUCGCGAAAGGCACAACGAAGAUAAUGCAUAAGAUGGAUUUGAUGGAAGCAGAGAUUCGUGAACUUCGGGCGGCAAAUGAGGCCCUUAGCAAACGCCGGAGGGCUAAAAAAACACGUCUAAGGAAAGGAGGGUCACUUUCUAUACAGGAAGCUCAAGAAUUAGGGGAUCAAAUGGAGGUUGAGGUACAACUGAAGGAGGAAACAUGCAAUGGGGCUGGUCAGCAACUGCGGACCGAGACACGCGCACGGCGCUGUGGCAAUUGCGGAAAAGCCGGACACAAUGCACGUUCCUGUCAGAUAGUAGUAGAGAUGUCUGAGGAAGGCGAUUCUGGGUAAUUUUAAUGGAAUUUAUGUGCGUUGGUGGAAAUAUUGGGGUUAAAGUCGCGGCGGAGCG